AAUGUGAUUUAAAAGAACAGGAUCAUAAAGAAAGAGCAGCAAAGAAGGAGGACCACCAAAUUGAGAUGAGAUGAUUGCGGACAUGUCCUCCACAUCUAGUUCCAGCAUCAUCAUCCACGUCGGACUCCGCCGCAGCGUUGUUCCUGGUGGGAUGUCGGCCCUCAACUAUCCUAAACACUUCACGCGCUGUCGAGCUUCAUGGCAAGAGCUUGCUGGGGUGUUGGUUUUCUCGGCUAUUCCUUUCACUGCCGUUAAAGCGAUCGCCAACAGUCCCCUCGGGGAGACUCUCCAGAGACAAAUGCAGGACAAAAAGAAACUUGCUCUUAAGAAUGCCUCCCUCUACCAAGCACUCUCACAGAAUGCUAAAAAACAUAGCAUUUGGUAUGGAGAAGAGCGGCCUCGUUGGCUGGGCCCAGUCCCAUAUGAAUAUCCAACUUAUCUCAAUGGUGAAUUACCUGGUGAUUAUGGAUUUGAUAUUGCAGGCCUAAGUGAAGAUCCUGUAGCUUUCAAGAGAUACUACAAUUUUGAAAUAUUGCAUGCACGCUGGGCUAUGCUUGCAGCACUUGGUGCUCUAAUUCCAGAGUUAUUAGAUCUUGUAGGUGCUUUCCAUUUUGUGGAACCUGUAUGGUGGCGUGUGGGCUACUCAAAGCUUCAGGGUGAGACACUGGAUUACCUUGGUAUCCCAGGCCUCCAUUUUGCUGGAAGCCAAGGAGUGAUUGUCAUAGCAAUCUGCCAAGCUCUUCUCAUGUUUGGGCCAGAAUAUGCAAGAUACUGUGGCAUAGAGGCUCUUGAGCCUUUAGGAAUAUACUUGCCUGGUGACAUUAACUACCCAGGUGGUGCACUAUUUGAUCCGUUGAACCUUUCUGGAGAUCCCGUUGCUUUUCAGGAGCUGAAGGUGAAAGAGAUUAAAAAUGGACGCCUUGCCAUGAUUGCCUGGCUAGGAUUUUAUGGACAAGCGGCUUUGACUGGUAAAGGACCUCUGCAGAACCUUAUUGACCACAUUUCAGAUCCUCUGCAUAAUAACAUAAUAUCUAUGCUUGGGUCUCUCGUCAAGUGACCGUAUCAUUCAGUGAGAACUUCAAUAUGUAGUCACCCUGUUGUAAUCUGCUUUACAGUACAUAAGGUACAUAUUUUUUAUGAUUAAUGUUUUUGAUGCUGUGUC